AUGAAUAAUGCUCGAGGUCAGUCCAAUAUAUAUGCGAAAGUAGCGGCGGAAUAUUUCAGGUCCAAAGUACAUGUAAAUAAACACGAGGCACUGCGGACUAUGGGAAAACAUGUAAUAGUGCUUGCUGCAACUGGGGCUAGCAAGACAGGAUGGGACACGGAUAGGACAAGUGUGCAGGAAAAUAUUAGGUCCGCUGUGGCCGAAACAUCAUGUCUGCUAGUCAAAGCAUCGGGUCCACUAGUCAAACACGAGCUCGAGUGCUACACCAGAUUGGCGAUUUGGCUUACUGGUGAACGUGGCAGACACUUGAAAGGUCAAAUGGGCGCCUCCAGUCUUACAGGGAAUGUCACUGGAUUAUCUGCAGGUGAAAUCCUCAACAGCAUCUUGCUUGCUUAUCCAUGCCCUGUCUUUCUUGAUGCUACUAGCACAUCGGCACUUACAGCUAAGCCAACACCCUUAUACAUGCAAAAGCACAGGAAGUUAACGCAGCAAUUAGUGCUGCCGUGGACCGGUUUGGUCCGGUUCAGAGGGUCUUAG